AUGAACACGUACGCAUACCAAUAUGGUGGUGACAUCGGCUCUAAUCAUAGAAUCAGCGACAACACGAAACAGGCGUUAAAAUCAUCGAACACCGAUCCGAUUGGGAAUGUGCAGGAUUACUAUCGCAUGCCGAAGAUUUACGAUUAUGACGACUACGACCGGUGCGUUGCCGAAGCGCCCCAGCACCCAGCAGAGGACGCCGUUUACUGUGUCGCGCGCACGAUCAUCAAACCGGAUCAAGAGUCAGACCUGUGGCGGCUCAUAGAGAAUUUCACGAACGACACGAAGCGCCACUUUCGGCACGAUCAUCUCGAUCGAGGACUCUGUAUCGAGAGCUGCCGACAGCUGAUCCGAUCGCUUGACAAUCAAACGGUGGAGGACCUGUUCGUGCCCAAGUUCGAGAUAACAUUUCCGUACAUUAUACCCGAGCACGCGUUCAACGGGGUGAGCAGCGAUCGCGAGCGUUACGGUCGGUUGAUAAAUAUCUGCCAGAACCAUGCUCUCCGGCGUCAGUUCAACCUGUCCGGGUAUACCGAAAUCGAGUACUGCACCGGACCGAAACGCACCACACCGAUCGAUGGGCUGGACAUAAGUUUUCUCGUCAUUUCGGCGUUCAUCGGUGGGCUUGUGAUCGCAUCGACCUGGUACGAUCACUACACCAGCAAGCAGUUGGGCAUCGAUCAUUUCAAAAAGGAUCUUCCCUGUCGCAAAACGAUGGUGCUGACUUCGUUCUCGCUGGUGCGCAAUUGGUACCGUUUGGUGUCCCGCUCGAAGGACCAACUGAACGAGGAUCUAAAGUUUUUCCAAGCGAUCCGAUUCUUCACCUUUUGCCUGGUGGUUGUCGGACAUUGUGGGGAUCAGUUUACGUCUACCGCGUUUUCCAACACGUUCGGGCGCGAGGCUGAGUAUUCCAACCCGCUCGGUCACAUCCUGAUCAAUGGGACGCUGAUCGUGCAGUCGUUCUUCGAGAUGAGCGGCUUUCUGCUGAGCAUACACUUCUGCACCAACCAAGCCAAGAUGAAGCGAAUCAGUUGGGCAGCCAUUUUCAUAACGGUCGCCUAUCGUUACAUUCGACUCACUCCGGCUUACGCGUUUAUUCUACUGCUCCAUGCCACCUGGCUGCCGAAGGUGCAGGAUGGACCUCUGUGGCCACGAGGAGCGGAAGUCGAGCGGAAUCUUUGCAGACGGAACUGGUGGACUAAUCUACUUUACGUAAACAACUACGUCAAUGCGGACGAACCGUGUCUUCAGCAAGCCUGGUACUUGGCCUGUGAUUACCAACUGUUCACCGUGGGACUCAUCGUCCUAGUAGCCGUCACGAAGUACAAGAAAUAUGUGGUGCAUAUAUUCAGCAUCUCCGGACUGGUGGCCAUUCUCAUUCCGGCAUUCGUCGUGUAUUUCAACCACUUUGACGGAGUUUUCCUCAUCACUUUGCAAUCGGAACGUUUUAUCUACUGGUUCGAUGAGAUGUACCACAAGAUCUACAUUCCAUUCCACACGAACAUCGGCUGCUAUCUGGGUGGUGUUCUUUACGGAUAUUUGUACUAUCGAGUGCGCACAUCCGACAACAAGGGCAACCGAUCAGGAUUUUUGAAGUUUUUGUGGUACAUCACCGUACCAUGCGGCAUGCUUACGCUUAUGAUUAGCAUGAUCUUUUACACGAACAAUUUUGAGAAACCAUCUUUCUGGAUUUCACUAUUCUUCCCACUGCACAAAAACGCCUGGGCAUUGUUUGGUGCGAUAUUGCUGUACGGUAUUAUCUACAAUUACAACCGAUUUAUCAAAAGUGUUGUAAACUUCCCGGUUUUCGUACCGCUCGGACGACUCACGUACUGCGCGUACAUAUGCCACGUGUUCUUCCUGAAGAACUUUUUCUAUGGCGCCCGUAAUGUCGGUUACUUCAGCCAUGUGACUAUGUACACCCAGGUGAUAUCGGUGAUAGUAGCGUCGUACAUUCUCGGUGCCGUCAUAGCCCUCACGCUAGAGUUCCCUAUUUCUGCUCUGCAGAAGCAUUUGCUUUCGAAACAGCUGGAAAAAAUUUCGAAACCAGAACCGCCGAGAGAAAACAACAAUGUCAGCCCACCAUCAGCCUAAUUGAGCCAAAUAUGCACAUCUUUUCUUAAAACUACACGUAUAUGGUAUUUUAAGAAAUAAUUUUAAUACUCAUGCACCAUGUGAAUCUUUAUAGGAAUAAUGUACUUUUUAAAGGCUUUGGUUCAAAGAACCGAUAAAAUAAAUGUAACCCACGAUGGAGAAGGUUGAAUACAUUCGAUUGCUUUUUUGUAAAGUGAAAUACU